AUGGCAGACCUGUGCCCCACAGACCGUGAGCUGACAACCCUGGAUGAGGAGAACCUGUGGGAGAUAAUGGAGAAUCACCGAUAUAGGAUUGUUCGGAAUGUCUGCCCCAGUCGACUAACUCCCUACCUCCGACAGGCCAAGGUGCUAGAUCAGCUGGAUGAGGAAGAAGUUCUGCACAGUCCCAAGUUCACUAACAAUGCCAUGAGAGUAGGAUACUUGCUAGAUGUACUGAAGACUCGAGGCAAAACUGGGGCCAUUGCCUUUCUGGAGAGCUUGAAGUUUCAUAAUCCUGACAUUUACACACUAAUCACUGGACAGGAACCCUCUGUUGAGUCGGGCAGUUUCCGUGGCCUCAUCGAUACUUCCAAGCUGACUGAAUGCCUUGCCGGUGCCAUCAACAGCCUCCAACAGGAGCUAUCCCAGGAAAAGCUGAGAAACCAGGCGCUGCAGCAGCAUUGCUAUAAGCUAAAGGAGCAAGUACAGAAGCUGGGGGCCCAGAAUAAGAGCCUCAGGGACAUGGAAGCUGAACACAACCGCAUGAAGAGGGAAGUCAGUGCCCAGUUCCACCAGGUGCUGAAGCUGAAGGAUGAGAUGUACAAUUUGUCCAUGCAUUACACCAGUGCAGUGCAGGACAAGGACCUGGCCAUCACUCGCUGCCAGAGCCUGCAGGAGGAGUUGUAUCUAAUGAAGCAGGAGCUACUUCGGGUCCAGAUGACUUCCUCCUGUGAGCGUGAGUCUAGAGAGAGGUUUCUGAAAAUCAAUAAUGACUUGGAACUCCAAGAAGGAGAGAUUGAUCAGCUCAAGGAGGAGAACGAGAAGCUUAAGUCUCUGACCUUCAGCCAAGCAGAGAAGGACAUCUUGGAACAGAACUUGGAUGAGGCACUGGAUAGCAGGCAGGAACUGGUGGAUCGAAUACAUUCCCUGAGGGAAAGAGCGGUUACUGCUGAGAAACAGCGCAAGCAGUACUUGGAAGAAAAAGAGCAGACCCUCUUUCAGUUCCAAAAAAUCAAGGUGGACUUUGAAAUCUACAAGGAGAAGAUGAAUGCCCUUCAAAGCCAGGUGGUGGAGCUUCAGAAAGAGAGAGACCAGGCAUACAGUGCAAGGGAUCUGGCCCAGAUGGACAUUUCUCACAGCUUGACAGAAAAAGACUCCCUCCGAAGAAAGGUGUUUGAACUAACAGAUGAGGUCUGUGAACUACGGAAAAAGCUCCAAAAGGCGCAGGCAGAACCAAUGAGUAUGGUAAGGGAUGAGCUGCCUGUGCACACUGGGGAACCUUCAAAGUGGGGAAAACAGAGGCUCAUAAGGAUGCAUGCUAUCAAUCCUCAGGAGGACAGUGACUUCAGUCUCCUAAGCUCCACAGAGCACUGGCCAGAUCUGAGCACCACCUCAAACCAGGAGCUGAUGGCAAGUUUCCGUUCUAGUAGCCCUUUGCCUCCUUGCAAGGAAUCAAUCUACAGGCGAGUCGCUGAAGACUUCCAGGAAGACCCCAUUUCUGUAAGCAGUUCUCAGGAGUUUCUUGAUAAAGAUUUUGGCAUCUCUUCAGGAGAGAAGAUAGAUGACAUAGAACUGGACUAUGAGGUGGUAGAUAUGGGAGGUCUCCCUGGAAUAGAGAGUGUCCAGAAGGCAUUUUCCCCAAGUCCCUGCCCCCCAGAAAGCAAUGUUCUGGUGCGUAGACGUCCUGCCCGGAGGAUCCUGAGUCAGGUAACAACACUGGCCUUCCAGGUGGACUCCUUCUUGGAUCAAAUCAGCAUCAUCGGUGGAAAUCACACAGGCAUCUUCAUUCACCGGGUCACCCCUGGCUCUACAGCAGAUGAGAUGGCUUUGCGUUCUGGCACCCAGAUCAUGAUGGUGGAUUAUGAUUCGAAGGAGAUCACAUUCAAGGCUGUUUUGGAGGACACAACCCUGGAGCAGGCAAUAGGGCUUCUCAAGAGGGUGAAUGGCUUCUGCUGUCUAUCUGUGAAGGUCAACAUGGAGGGUUACAAGAGACUGAUCCAGGACAUGGAGAACAAAAUAACCACCUCAGGGGAUUCAUUCUAUAUCCGGGUCAACUUGGCCAUGGAGGGAAAGGCAGAUGGAGAGCUACAGGUGCAGUGUAAUGACAUCCUGCAUGUCACUGACACCAUGUACCAAGGCCAAAGUUGUUGGCAUGCACAUCGAGUCGAUUUCUAUAGCAUGAAGGACAUAGAUCAUGGUACCAUCCCCAACUACUCACAGGCUCAGCAGCAACUCAUCACCCUCAUCCAGGACAUGACUCAGCAGAGCACAGUCACCCGCAAGUCAUCUGGGGGACCACAAAAAUUAGUGCGCAUAGUCAGCAUGGACAAGACCAAGGGCAACCCGCUGUGUUCCUCCUUUGAUGGGAGCCAGGCUGAGCCCAGCAAGUUGGAAGAUUCAUCUGUGGUGUGUUUUUGGGCAGAGAGCUGUUUUACACUAGUACCUUACACAUUGGUAAAACCCUACAAACCAAUCAGGCCUCGACCUGUGCUCUUUGUGCCUAUGGUGGUUGGAAGGAUCCUGAGGGAGAAGCUGAGUGUCCUCAAGGGUUUUGAGAAAUGCCCAACAGAGUGUCUGACCCAAGAAGAGUAUGAAGCCCGGAGACAAAGAGGAGACAUAAUCCAUGAGGAGGAGCCCAGCCACCACAGUUAUGUAACCUACCAAGCAGUAGAGUCCUCGAUGCAAAAGAAUAUGCACUGUCUCUUGGACAUGAGGCUGAACUGUGUGCAAGCCCUACACAGGAUGGAGAUCUUUCCUAUCAUUGUCCACAUCUCUGUCACUGAGAAGAAUGCCAAGAAACUCAAAAAGGCACUGCAGCGUCUUGGAACUACAGAAGAACAGGUCCUGGAAACAGCCAAGCAUGAGGAGGCUGAACUGGAGAAGGUCCCUUGUUUAUACACCAGCUUAGUCCCUGAUUGCUGGAGUGAUGUGGACUCACUUGUCAACUGUGCCCGCUCUGCCAUCGCUAAGGAGCAGAAGAAAUUUGUAUGGAUAGAACAAAGCCCUCGAUAA